AUGAGUGUGACGGAGCUUAUUCAUAACUUUUAUGAAGAAGAAACUGUUUUGUUAUUGGAUAUUUUUGCUAGACCCUCUUGGUUAACAGCCCUCCAAAGAUCUAUCCGUUGGGAGGUUCAAGAACUCCAAUCCCAACGUCAGCUGGCUACUAGCCAGAGUGAUAUCAACCGUCUGGAGGGAUUAAUUCAUCAACUAGUAGAAGAAACUGCAGAAAAAGAUAGAAAAUAUCAGGACCUCCAGAAACAAUACUUUGCUAGAGAGCAAAGGCUUAGGACUUCCCUGGGGCGUCCUAGAUCGAGAGUUGCGGGUAGCGUUUCCUUGGCAGAACGUGAAAACCUCCUGAAAAAGGUUAUUGCUUUAAAGAAGGAACGUGAUGAUCUUUAUGAACGUUUGAAGCACUCAGAGAAUGAACGCACUAAUGUACAAAGCCAACUGGCGCGUCAGAACGAUCUUUUUGAGCGCACUUCCGCAAUCACCAAGUUGGUGGAGAGGUAUGGAUUUGAUAGGAAAUUAGAUGGCGAAUUCUUCCAGUGGCGACCACUGGUGGCUAAAAGUGGGGCUCCUGAUUACAAACUUCAACUUCAGCUAAGUCAGCAAAAGGAGAAAAUAGAAUAUUUAGAGGGUCUAACCAGACGCCAAGAACGACAAAUUGCAAAGAUGGAAGAGGAGAAUGUGGAUUUGACUGAAGCCAUGAAGGAAAAGGAAGCGGCCUGGAAGAAUUAUGCUAAAAGGAGUCCUGCGAAACCUAAGGUUUUGAACACUGAGACAACAGGGGUACAAACCCAUCUUCCGGAAACUUCCUCAGGAGACGAUCUUCAACAGACGAGAUGUCUCCUAAACAAAGUUCGCAGCCAGAUCGUUCAACUGAAGGCUGAACAUGUAAUUGAACUUGCCAAGUUGAACGCCAAGGAACGCUCUCCUCCACCUCAAAUGCCCAAAUCGCCUUCGGCGGCGCCCAGAAACGAUGCCGAGAUCCUCUAUAGGCUCAGUGACCUUGAAGCAAACUUAUGUAGUCAGGUUGAGGCCAAUUCAAACAAGCUAGAGGCAGCGUUGGGGGAAAUCACCCGACUUCGAGCCAGAAGCAACCAAGAUGAAAAGGCGGUCGUGAUGGCCUGUGUGAGUGAUUUGAAAGCCGAUUUACAGAACCGCGAUGAACAGAUUCAGAAAUUGGUAAGUACUGUCAAGGAGUCCAAGGACCAGGCCACCAGCGCGAUGGAAGAGUGUACAGGACUGAGAAAAGAGCUGGAAAAGAAACGUGUCGAAGUCCAGAAAGCUCAAAAGGAACUGCAGAAGCAGAUGCAGGCACAAUCGGCAACGAGGGAGCAAACCAGCGAGGCGGUGGAGCAGCUUUCCAAGAAGGUGAAAAGUCUCACUUCUCAACUUGAAAAGAAAAAUGAAAUUCAUCAGCGCUUAAAUUCGCGCAUUUCGGAAGUAGAGUCGGCAAACAGCAAAUUACUGGCAGAGCUUCAGACCAAGAAGGUGUCAACAGUUGACAAAGCCUUUGUUAGUCAACUGACGGAAAGAAUUCGCAAAUUGGAGUUGGAAAACGCCAAGUUGAGAGCGCCUGCCUCAGCUCAAGUCGCUGGAUCGACCCAUAACUUUCGUGCCGACGCAGCAACGGGCGAAGCACAACAGGGCUCUGAAGAAGAUUUAAAGUUAGUUCUUAAACAACUCAAACUGGCACAAAGGGAGAGGGAUGCAGCAAGGAAGCAGCUCCUGAAGACAGACGCAAAUUUGAAACGAACUGAAAAGCAUAAUCGCCUUCUUCUCAACCGUUUGAGACUUCAACCCGGUGAGGGGAGCUAUUUACGAAGCUGGGCAAGGAGUACUCCCAACAGAACUACAAACACUUCAGCCAAAGAAUUAGCACCCAUUCAACUUCGACAAGAGCUGAAUGUCGCUCGUGAAGAUAAUGCCAAAUUAAAGAUUCGCAAUGCUAAAUUGGAGGCCUCAGUGGCCAGAUUGGAGGAGCAGUUGCAACAGCUAAAGAUGACGCGCCCCUAUGGUCCUUCGUUGGACAAAGUUGAUACCGCAGCUAAAGGUAAACAGCCAUCGGGUACCACAGGAAAAACUGCCGCGGAGUUAGAAGUAGUCAUCAUUAAAAUGAAGUCCAUUCUCGACCGUACACUGGGUGAGAACGCGCGACUAAAACGUCUGUUAACCCAUACUACUAACCGAGCGAGUCUACAGAGCCUUCAAAGUGAAAAUCGUCGUCUUCGAGAGCGUCUUGAACAGGCAGAAGAUGCAACAGGUGCCGCCUUGGCAGAACACCAAAUUGAAAGCGACAGAUCUCUUGCCCAUUUAACUUCAGAAUACGACAAAUUGCGAGCUCAACUACUGAAGGUCUUCCUCCUCAAGCGGGCCUAUGACAAGUGGUCCUUUGGCAGCGGCGUCUAG